AAAAAAAUUAAUUAGCUUAAUUUAAUAUUAUUUUAAACAAAAAUGAUAACUGUAGAGACAUGAAUGUGUUAGUUGGGAUGAAAUCAAUUCACAAGGUAUAUACAUGUGAAAACUUCCAUUUGCAACUUUAAGUAUAAAAAUUAUGUUUCAAUACUAUCCCCAUAGGGCUGUUAACAAAUAAAGCAAUGCACCAUGUUUGUGUAGUUGAAUGUUCUAAAGCAGAAUUAUAACAAGAGUUACAGUUAUGUUUUCUUUACAUUCACGGUUUAGGUUUGAAAACAUUACAAUGCUUUCUAAAUUUGCAGGGUAAAAUUGAGUACGCGAUGACAUCUGAAGAGACAAUUUCCUGAGUCUCUCUCUCGCAGAAAAUGAUCACAGUUUAGCAUUACAAUUCUAUCUUUCUGCUUUCUGUAGUCUGACCAGCAUCAAUCUGUGCGUUCGCUGUUUCUGUCACCCGCUAAAAUGAUUCUUAUAACUCUCCCAAGGUAACAUAAGUGGGUACUCAGUAUCAGAAAUGUCUGUGCUUUCAGUUUCAGAGAUUAACUCUGUAAUAAAUUCUGCUGACUGAUGCAUUGUCCACUGUUUUGAAGUGAUCUCUGACAUAAAAAAGAAAAUAAGCACCUGCCUGCCACCCAGAUUUCCCCAAGCUGGGAGUCCCACAUUGGCUCCCUUACGUUCUCGUUUUAACCUGAAAAUACAAGACUGCACUAAGUGGCUGACAGGUUCGUUUUUCUAUGGCUAGGCAAAGUUGGCACAGUUUCAAAUUAUCAAACUUCAGAAGCCACUUAAAUCCAGGGUACAUUGCAUCAUUGGGUUUGUGGAGAACGCAGAGCCCUUAAUCUGAGAGCAGUCUUACAGAUAUAAACCUUUCCUUCUUGAACGGGUUCUUUUUCUAGAAAUGAAUUGCACUGUUUGGCGAUUCUGACUAUUCCCUCUGUGUGUCAUCCCACUCAGGAGCAAGUGCCUGUUGACUUACAUUAUGACUGUCCACUGGAGACACUUAUUACCGUCUUACUCAGGGAAAACCGCCAAGGAAGCCUAGCAAAAACACGUUCUGUUUUCAAGUGCAUCCCUAGGAUGCUUGUUGCUGGUGUCUCUGCAAACACUUCAAUAGCAAGCUGGCAUACAGGCAUUUUAUUUCAUUCAAUGAGAAGCAGUCAGAUAGACUUUAGGGAAUACCAGAUUGUGAAAUUUUAGAAAUAAACCUUUUGGUGUCUUUCAGAUGCAGACUUCCCUUCAUAUCCUCUUCACCUGUGCAACAAUUCUUUGCACCUUACACGUCAGCAACAGACAAAGAUUUAAACUAUUUUCUUCUCAGUACCCUUUUCAAUAAUCAAAAAAUGAAUAAGAAUUUGUGUUGGGGCACUUUGCAAGGACAAUCCCUCACUGAAAUUAGAAGCAGCACAAGAGGGAUACAUAUAAUUUAACAUAACCAAUAAAAUGUUAGCUCAUUACUUCCUACUUUACUCUGUUCUCUCUUUCUCAAGAGUUUAGUUUUUAGAGAUUCCUAAAUUCUAAUUGACUUCUAACAUCUUGCUUAGAGCAACCAAACACUGCAAAGUGUGGUCUUUUCACAAUUAGAAAUAAUCCAAUCCAAAUGCUUUCUUCAUUGUUUCUGAUGGCUUGUUUAAUCACAUCACAACCCAAAGUCAAAUUAACUCCAUCCACAUUUCACAUCAUUCAAGCACCAUAAAGAUUUUUAAGUAUAGCUCUAGUUGCUUCACAUUCUCUCUCAGGCUCUUUAAAUUUCCAAGAAAUCCUGUUACCUCCUUUUCUUUAAUCUUCUUAACCUUUCCCAGGGCAGGGGAAGAAGAAACAAGGCAUACCUGUGUGUGUUGCAGUAGGGGGUGAAGAGGGGAGGGAUGAUUAGAAUUUAGGUGAUCAUUAUCAAUUCUUUGUCAUGGAGUAGGAACAAUAACAUAGAUUUUCAUUCAAUUUUCACAAAUAUCUUCUGAAAAGUACCUUGUGUACUUUGAAGAGAUGCUUUCUGAAGCUCAAAGAAGUGAAAAGUUGUGGUUUGGAGGAGAUCCCAAGCUAGGAUUUGAACCCAUGUCUUCUGACCUUUAGAAAUCCUCUGUUUUCCAUCACACCACUUCUCUGGGGCUUAAGUCUUUUUUGUUCUUUAAAACCUCUGAACCUGGACAUUUGCAGUUUUAUCAACUAAGCAGAAAAAGUAAUGCUGUUCUCUUAAUGUUUGCAAUGAUUGAAGAUCUUGCAUAAUUUCUAAUAUGUCUGCCAAGGGACCAUUGGAAUAGCCAUUCAAUUUAGAUAAACUCCUACACUUGUUUACUACAGUACUUUAAAUGAGGAUGCUCGAUGUUCUUAAUCGGCGAAUGUGGGUGACUUCGUGCUGGGAGAAAGUACUGAACUUGUCUGAGCCGUUCACAUCAAUUUUGAAUACAGCCAAUCAGGCCUGAAUUCCCUGUUAUCCAAAGCUAUGUACAUUGCACAUCAUUUAAAUUUAUUCUGGAGUAAUAAGAGGUGAGAAGUUCGCAUGUGUGUUAGUUCUCCUGACACUAGCAAAGGGGAUUGGAAAGGCAUUGCAGUUCCUAUUCAUCUUAACAAAUAUAAUGCUGACCUUCCAAGAGAAGUUCUAUCUAAUAUAAACUCUCCCUGCCUUGAGUAUUUGGGGUAAGGCGUUAGAGGGCAUCACUCAAGCUAAAUCUCACGGCUACCACUGGACUAUGGAUUACUGAUGAAUGAGCCAGCAGUUGAAUGUUUAGCAGGCUGUGACGACUUUGCACAGAAAUAUGAAAAUUUAUUGCCAGCUUGCCACAUCAGCGCUUGCCCUGCCUGUUUCUGCUCAUUCCCUCCUGAUGUUACUCCCACUCCAUCUGACAGUCAGAGCCCUUCUCGCCCCCCAGGCUCCCCUCCCCCGCAGAGAAAUGAUGGUCUAAACUGUCACGGAGUCCUGGCCGUCAUUUUUCAAGAGCUCAGUCUUUUUCUUUCUUUCUUUCUUAAUGAUGAUUAUUAAUUGCAUCGCUUCCCGCAUGACCUUGCUGAAGGGGCUAAAAGGGUGUCCAUCCCUGGUACUGUAGAAUUGGUGUAGCCCCCAAAGUAUGCACGAUGCGAGGUGGGGGGAGUGGAGGAAGUGAAAAUUUAAAAAAAUAAAAAAAUAAAAAGCAGGAGAGAAAGCGAGCGAGAGGAGGAAGGAGGAGAGACAGGGCGAGCAGAGCAUCAGGCAGACAGGCGCCGCCAGCCAAUCAGAGGCGCGCUCCGGAGCUGCAGAGACCCAGCCUGGGAGCCCAGGGCUCGAGGUGCGCGGAGCCCAGUCUGGGCUCUCCGAGGACCGCGAGCAGCCGUGUGCAGAGCUCUGGGGAAGUCCCCUGCUUGCUUCUCAUACAUUAAGUUCCUUCCCACCAGUUAGGGCAAGUCAGCCAAGGUAGAAAAUGGUUGCCUAUGUUCACCUACUGUGAAGGGUUGGAAUCAGACAACUACAGCUUUGAUUCUCCAAGUAUUUCAGGAUGUAAAUAUGGUCUGACCUUUCCCUGAAGGGCGGUGAAAUCAUGGACACGCUAGACAAUUUACUUUGGACUGUCCUUCCAAAAGAUGUUCUAGCUUCUCUCUUGAAUGCUCAUUAAGCAUUUGUAGCUGACAAGGAAAAGAGGGAAAACUGUGAACUGGAAAGUUAUCUUACAAUGAGAAUUACGAGCACUUCUUGCAUCUGUCCAGUCCUAGUGUGUCUCUGUUUUGUGCAGAGGUGUUAUGGAACUGCUCACCACAGCUCCAUCAAGGUGACCAGAAACCAAACAAAACACAUUGAAGGUGAAACCGAAGUCCACCAUCGCCCCAAAAGGGGAUGGGUAUGGAAUCAGUUCUUUGUUUUAGAAGAACACAUGGGACCAGAUCCACAGUAUGUUGGCAAGCUGCACUCCAAUUCUGACAAAGGUGAUGGAUCUGUCAAGUACAUACUUACUGGAGAAGGUGCUGGGACCAUAUUUAUUAUUGAUGAUACCACGGGCGACAUCCACUCAACAAAAAGCCUGGACAGAGAGCAGAAGACCCACUAUGUGCUUCACGCGCAGGCUAUUGACAGAAGGACAAACAAACCUCUGGAACCUGAAUCUGAGUUCAUCAUCAAAGUACAAGACAUCAACGACAAUGCUCCAAAGUUCACAGAUGGACCAUACAUCGUUACUGUGCCUGAAAUGUCAGAUAUGGGUACCUCUGUUCUACAGGUGACAGCUACUGAUGCAGAUGACCCCACCUAUGGAAAUAGUGCUCGAGUGGUAUACAGUAUUCUCCAGGGGCAGCCAUACUUCUCGGUAGAUCCUAAAACAGGAGUCAUUAGAACUGCCUUACAUAACAUGGACAGAGAAGCCAGAGAACACUACUCAGUGGUGAUUCAAGCCAAAGACAUGGCUGGACAAGUUGGAGGGCUUUCAGGGUCAACUACUGUCAACAUCACUCUGACCGACGUCAAUGACAAUCCACCACGGUUUCCUCAGAAGCACUAUCAACUGUAUGUUCCUGAGUCAGCUCAAGUUGGUUCAGCUGUUGGGAAAAUCAAGGCCAAUGAUGCCGACACAGGCUCAAAUGCUGACAUGACAUAUUCCAUCAUAAACGGUGAUGGUGUUGGAGUUUUCUCCAUCUCCACUGACAAAGAGACCAGAGAAGGGAUCCUUUCCUUAAAGAAGCCAUUGAACUAUGAGAAAAAGAAAUCAUACACCCUCAACAUAGAAGGAGCAAACACACAUCUUGACUUUCGCUUUUCUCACUUGGGUCCUUUUAAAGAUGCCACCGUGCUGAAGAUAAUCGUUGGGGAUGUUGACGAAGCGCCACUAUUUUCCAUGCCUUCCUAUGUCAUGGAAGUCUAUGAAAAUGCCAAGAUUGGAACUACUGUUGGCACAGUGUUGGCUCAAGAUCCUGACAGUGCUAAUAGCCUAGUAAGGUACUUCAUCAACUAUGAUACUGAAGAUGACAGAUUUUUUAACAUUGAUGCCAAUACUGGAACCAUUAAGACUACAAAAGUUCUUGACAGAGAGGAAACUCCAUGGUACAACAUCACAGUUGCUGCCUCAGAAAACGACAAUCCUGGUUUGCUGAGCCAUGUCACUGUGGGUAUUAGAGUUCUGGAUGUCAAUGACAAUCCACCCGAACUUGCCAGGGAAUAUGAUAUUGUUGUCUGUGAAAAUGCUAAGCCCGGCCAGGUUAUUCAUACCAUCAGUGCCACCGAUAAAGAUGACUUUGCCAAUGGACCAAGGUUUAACUUCUUUCUUGAUGAGCACCUGCCUGUAAACCCAAACUUCACCCUUAAGGACAAUGAAGAUAACACAGCCAGCAUUCUGACAAGGCGGAGGAGAUUUAGUCGCACUGUUCAGGAUGUGUAUUAUCUGCCCAUUAUGAUCUCUGAUGGUGGAAUCCCCUCUCUCAGCAGCAGCAGCACCCUCACCAUCAGGGUUUGUGCAUGCGAGAGAGAUGGGCGCGUGCGGACCUGCCAUGCGGAAGCCUUCCUCUCCUCGGCUGGUCUGAGUACAGGAGCCUUAAUUGCUAUUCUUCUCUGUGUUGUCAUUCUCCUGGCUAUUGUAGUGCUUUUCAUCACCCUGAGGCGCGGCAAGAAAGAGCCCCUGAUCAUCUCAGAGGAGGACGUGCGGGAGAACGUGGUCACCUACGACGACGAGGGGGGUGGGGAGGAGGACACGGAGGCCUUCGACAUCACAGCCUUGAGGAACCCGUCGGCCGCCGAGGAGCUCAAGUACCGCAGGGACAUCCGCCCUGAGGUGACGCUCACCCCCAGGCACCAGACGACGUCCGCCCUGGAGAGUAUAGACGUCCAGGAGUUUCUGAAGCAAAGACUGGCAGAAGCAGACCUGGACCCCAGCGUGCCCCCUUAUGACUCGCUUCAGACUUACGCCUACGAGGGCCAGAGAUCCGAAGCCGGGUCUAUCAGCUCGCUGGACUCAGCCACGACACAGUCGGACCAGGAUUAUCACUACCUUGGAGACUGGGGACCCGAGUUUAGAAAGUUAGCUGAACUCUAUGGAGAAAUAGAAUCUGAAAGAACAACUUAGGGGGUCGAUUCUUGCAGCCUGUAGAAUUUGCUUCCUGAACAAGCGGAAAUAGAACCUCAGCAGUGAGGAGGACGAAGCCUGGAUACAGUACUGGAACUGAGCAAGGUGUACACAGCUCCUGUGGAAACAAGUGCCCUUUCUAUGAUCAAAACUGGGUUCUUUAAUUGGAAGAAAGCAACUCUAACAAAACAAAAACCAUACAGAGAAAAAAAGCUAUUGUUCCUUGUGUAUAUUUUCAAUUGCUCAAUAAAGUAUGUGGUACUGUUUAAUUAAGAAUAUCUGAAUUAAGCCAAACAAUGAAGUUUGUUUCAAUAUUUUGUGAUUUCUUUUUCAAAAGAAAAACUAAGCAAAAAGACUUAAAAAUCACUAAAGAUAUGAAUUAGAGGGGUAGUGAACUGACCCUUUUCCCACUUUUCCGGGUGGACCCUUGAGACUCACAUGCUGUAAUUGUGACCAACUUCAUUAGCCUUCUCUUGUGUAGAAACAACCUGAGGUAUUCCCAACAUGAGGCCACCUGUCGUGGACUAAUAUGUACCAUUUCCCUCUGCCCUCCCCACUUCUUCUCUCCAUACAAAGUUGAUGGAGCAUGGGGAUUUGCUGCCUGCACUAUACUGUAUGCAACUUCGGUGCACCAGCUGUGCACCACACUGAGCACAGGACAAUUGCCUCUGUCCCUUCCACUCCCACCCCCAUUUAUUUGAACUAAAAACCCACUUUUAAUUUUUUUUUUCAGAUGAAGAUAACGAAUGGUUGAAGGUAUACUCCAACAAUCACACAAAAAGGGAUAAAUUUAGUUUAAAGAAUAGCUACAGAUAUUCUCCUAUACAAAAUACCUGGGAACUCUAUUCCAUCAUUUUUUUUGCUUUCGUUCAUUUAAAUCAGUAUUUUUGAUCAUUCCUGCACCAAAAGUUAGUUGUCAGAAAUUUUACUGAUUGGUUAAUAUUUCAAUGUAAUUCACUUACUUUCAUCAAAAAUAUGAUAUAAAAUAAGCACCUUACACACUUACAAUGUCUGAAAAUCCAAUUAAUUCAACUUUGUAGACAUGUCAUUGACUUGCUUCUAUUCUUUACACAUAGCCAGACUUUCUUCUAACAGAUGAAUCUUUACAUGUUUGGUAUCCACAGGAAAAUGUGUAGGACUCAGAGCAAAAUAAUAGGUGAUUCACACUUGUUGUCCUUGGACAUAUCUCUGAAAGUCUUUAAGUUUUGGGUAUAAAACUUCAAAGUAGAAAUGGCAAUGACUUCCCUGCCUACCUCACAGGGCUGUUGUGAGGAUCAAAUAAGCAUCUGUAAAAAUGCUUUGCCAAAUGCAAAGUAUUCUAUUACAUAAAGGUUUGCUGAUACCUAAUUUUUUUAAAUUCCAUUAGCUUAUAAAUAUAUAUAUUUACAUAUAUUCUACAUAAAAUAUUAUAUUAUCAUAAAAGAGUUUUAAAAACCAUCAACAAUGAAGCUACUGUUUAAGUACAUGAUAUGCACAAGUUAUUUUAUAUUUUCCUAAGCAAGCUAAUUUUCUUAGAAUUUCUUGGGACUUCUAUUUUCCAAAUUGCUUUAGAUUAUAUUUUGUUGUUAAUGCUAUUGAUCUUGAAAUGAGAAUGCAUAGGAAAAUAGUUCUAUUCUUCAAAAAUGACCACAUCUAUGUAUUUCAGGUAAACUGGGAUUUUAAAAUCCACAAAAUAUAAUUAUUUGAAGGAGUAGUUUUUGCUUUCAAAAAUUUUUCAUAAUCUAGUGUCCCCAAAAGCUAUAUGGCAUUUUCUGUCUGAUUCUGGCCAUGUGCAAAAUUUUGGAUCUUGCCUCUGUUUGCAACUGCCCUGUGAUAUCAUAUAACAAAUUUGAGGUACGGGAAGUGAAUAAGUUGAAUUUGAAUAAUUCUUGAUUUGUAUUUUAAGCCUGAGGAAUAAAGUGUACCUGAAGCUUUUUACAACA